GCAGUUAGAACGGGUAUGUAAACAUUAUUAUAUAUAAAUGGAUUGAAAACAAAAACAAGAAGAGGGAUCGAUUGGCAAUAAAGAAUGGAGACAUUGGUGAAAAAGAACUUUUCUCGCCAAGACCACGAUUGAACUUUUUCGAUUUUUUCAGACAAAUCGAAAAUUUUGGGUAAAUUUUGAUUUUGAAAUUGUUUGCCUGAAGUUCUAGAAGCAACUGUAGGCCCGCUCGAUCCAUGUCACCCCAAAUACAACUAUCCAUUUUGGACUCAUCCUGGCUGUUGAUGUAGCUUGCCUCUCAUCCUGGCCGUUGGGAGGAAUCGAUCCUAUUCAAUACGAGAAAUCCAAUGAUAUGCCGCCACGUGGAUGGGCGAUCAGCUAUAUAUAAUGCACAUUCUGUUUGCUGGUUGGUAGGGAGCAGCACAGUCAAAAAGCGUCUCAUUCUCCUGCCUGCGAGAAAAAAGAUUUAAAAAAUCCUCACUCUCUCUCCACCGUCUUUCCCUUUUCUCCCCCUCCUCCGCCAUGGUCAACCCAUUCGAGCUUUUUCGCAAAUAUCAGUAUGAGCAUUACUUUACCUGGUUCGUUUUGGCUGGAGCUGCUGGUUUGGUGAUGGGAUACUUUAGCGCGGAAAACCAUGUGGCGAUCUGGAUAUGCGUGGUGAUUUGUUUCCAUUACGUUGCUUGCUGGGUGACAGUUGAUUUCUACGGGAGAUGGUGGCGGCUGACCGGGUUGACGCCGCACCUGCUGACUUGGAUUGGCCAGGCUACUCUCCAGUGUUUGGGCAUCGCGUUUGCUGUGGCGCUAGGCAUAAUUGUCACGAAAGAAGGGCUGGGCCCGAUGUUUGUGCUUGGCUACACGGUGUAUGCCUUCAGCAUCUCUCGCUUUCUGAUGUUCAGGACGAGGUUUGAUUUCACGAGUGCUUGGAUCUGCACGGCGGCCAGUGUUGCUUGGAGUCUUGUAGCCGCGGGGAGUGAUGAGACUAAGUGCGUGUGCAAGGAGGAGGAGAAGAGCCUUGACGAUCACGAGGACAAGAGUCUGAACAUUGUCUUUGCGCUGCUGAUCUCUGGCGUACUAAUAGCGUUGAUUUUUGCAGCGAAAUUUCUCGACGAGUACCGUCCGGCCGACGAUGCUGCUUACGACAAGGGCAGGAGGGGUCAUUAUGGAUUCCAGGACCGACCAGACGAUGCUCCUCCUCCUCCUGGGUUGAUUCUGCAGCCAGCUGUGAAUUUGCCGGUCGAGAAACCCCCGACGGAAGGUGCCAUUGAUGAUGAGGAGGAUGCCCAGACGGAUCUGGAGAGGCAGAGCGUUGACCAACAGCCUCAGCCUCAGCCUCAGCCUCGUGGUUCUGGUAAUCUCACACGUCGAUCGUCUUCCCGGGAGAUUGCGAGCUCUUCGUCCUCUGCCCAGGAUAUCAGGGACAGGGAGGAUGAGCCUUUUUCAUCGCCUACUGGUUCCACCAAAUCCGCUGGCAAGGGCAAGGCGCUUUAAUUGUUUUGGGGGUUUGGGUCUGGGUCUCGGUCUGGGUCUAGGUGGUGUGAUGUGGUGUGGUGCGGGGAUCAAAUCACAGUUUUGAUUAUUAUGUUGUUUGAUUAGGUAUAUAUAUAUAUAGCAGCAGCUCAUAGGAGGAUUUGGGGGCUUUUUUUUUCAGAGGAGGAAAGAUCCUACUUCCAUUGCUGUAGUACCUUUACUUUUCCAGAGAUAUUUUUAUUCCUCUUGUUAUGUUUAGUAAAUCCAAUAAUGAAAGCACCCGCUUCACUUCACUUGUUUCCUCUCCUUUGUUUCUUUCCGUGCCUUCUCUCUCUGCAGCAUUAACUACAUUUAAUUAAAAAAAAUUAUUAUUAAUAAAUCAAAACAAGUGACGUGACCUCCUUCAUGGGCGGCCCAGCCGCGCGUUCAGAAAGCCCGGGCUAUAAGCCGCCAUUAAGCAAUAGUUUCUCAAUUAAAAAAAGAAAAAAUCAAUAGUUUCUUAAUAAACCGCCAUUAAUCAAUCUAAAACGGAUAUUAAAAGUCUCCAAACACAAUCCAUCAAUAAAUUAAAUAAUAAAAU